AUGGCACCAACAAAAUCUGAAUUACAACAAAUAAUGGAUAAAUUGGCUGCAUUAGAAUUAAAAAUCGAUAAUAACAACACAAAAUUUUCUUCUUUUUCUAAUGAAAUCCUUCAAAUUAAAAAUGCUUUAACAACUAUUGAAUCUAAAAUUCAAACAAUCGAAACAACAAUAGAAACAAAUUUAAAAAACAACGAAAAUUCAGCAUCUGAAUUGGAACGUCGCAGAUCAAUUGUAUUGAUUGGUUUGCCAGAAUCUAAAUCAACAACACCUUCUAUUCGUGUUGCUGAGGAUAAGGCUGCUGCCGAAGGCGUUCUCAACUGGUUGGGGGUUGAGGCCCCAUUCGUUUCGUACAGAAUGGGUAAAUUUGACCCAACAAAUCGAGGUUUACGUUUGGUUAAAAUUAUUUUUGCUGCUUCUCAAUUUCAAAGGAUUUCCUUGGCAGAAUGGAAGCGACGUCGAAAUGAUAUGCGUAAGCAAGAAAACUGGUCACGGCUCCUUAUUCGACCAAGCUUAACAAAAGAACAGUUGGAAGCGGACAGAAUGGAACGAGCAAGAAAACGUGAUGAAUUUAAGAAGCUGAAUCCGAACUCAAAUGUUACCGAACGUUCAAAAAACAAAUAAAUGGUCGUCCUUUGAAGGUUUCAAAAAAUUUUAAUUUUACUGAUUUUACUUAUUUUUAUAAUUGUUUAUAUUUCAAUAGUAGGAGCUUAGUCAAUAAGAUCGAAUCCCUUAGGUUACUUUUAGUUUCCAAAACUUUUAAAAUUAUUCUCAUCACCGAAUCGUGGUUGAACUCAAAAAUCGAUAACUCCCAAAUACUCCACGACACUUCAUACACUAUAGCGAGAUGUGAUAGAGGUUCUAAAGGGGGAGGAGUAUGUAUUCUAAUCGAUAAUGUAAUUCCGUUUUCCAUUAUCAAAACCCCCAGAAUUAAAAAUUCAGAUUUAAUAGCAAUAGAUAUAUAUUCUCCGACCUACGAAAAAUUCAGAAUCAUAUUAAUCUACAGACCCACAACAAAUGAAAAACCCGAAGAUUUUCUAGCUCUCCUUGAUACCCUAUGUAGUCUUAUUGCUAUUAAUCAUAAUUUUAUCAUCAUCGGCGACUUUAACUUCCCCAACAUGACAUGGACAUUUGGUAAACCCAAAUCAUUCUCUACCUCAUUAACUGAAAAAUCCUUCAUUGAAUUCAUUAACAAUUAUAACCUUUUUCAAGAAAUAAGCUCUCCAACCCGCAAUAACAACUUACUAGAUCUCAUUCUCUCUCCUUCAACUUUUCGCAUUACAAACUGUUCCAUCAAACCACCUUUUAAAAAUUCUGAUCACAAUAGCAUUGAAUUCCAUCUAAACCUUAAAAGCAUGCCUAAGAAACUCAA